GUUAAAGCAUGUUUCUGUUAUUUCAGAAUUUAGGAGCGUAUGCAAGGCAUUAUGCAGGGGGUGGGUCUAGACUGGUGAUCGAAGAUUGUAGGGGGUUCGGGUCGUGAUUUCCUGAAAAAAAAGUAUAUUAAAGAAAGGAAAUUCAUUUGGUUUCUAUAUUUUAUUCUGUAACUUUGACAGAGUGUGUUAUAUUUCUUUUAAUUUGCGAUUUUUCCAUCUACAUCCUUUACCUUUAAUUUAUUAUUUUUUAUUUUUUUUUUUUUUUCAUUUUUUUUUUCAACUAAAUCUGUUAUCUAUAUUUUGUUUUGUGAUUAUCUCAUCUAAAUCUGUGUUAUCUUUGUUUUAUUUUGUGACAUUCUCAGAUAAAUUUGUUACCCAGUUUGUGUUAUCCUUAUUUAACUUUUUGAUUAUCACAUAUAACUCUGUGUUACCUUUAUUUUACCGUGUGUAUAUCUGAGAUAAAUCUCUAUUUUAUUGUGUGAUUUUCACUUGUAAAUCUGUGAUAUCUUUAUUUUACUUUGGGAUUUUCACAGCUAUAUUUUUAUCGUCUUUUAUUUUGUGAUUUCAGCGAAAACUGUUUUGUUUGUAUUAUGCUUUUGUACGUACUCAGCUAAAGCAGUGACAUUAUUUUGUUUCCUUUUGACCACUACAGAUAUCUGCCAGCUUGAGGGCUAUCAAUUUAUUAAAAGAACUGGGAUGUGCGUAAAACUUUCAUCAGAUCAAAAAAACUGGUUCCAAGCUAAAACCAUGUGCGAAUCAGAUGGAGGAAGUCUCAUAAAGCUUGACACAGAAGACAAAGUCAGGGACAUCUCAGACAUAUUACAAUCAGAUUAUCAUCAGGUGUCGUUUUAUAUAGGCGCAAAUGACCCCAGCAAUACCCAGGCAUGGGAGUGGACUGACGGACAGCGUGUGGAACGGAUGUGGUGGGCUCCGAGUCAGGACACUGGAUCGAACGAGCCGUGCAUGAUGACGGGUUCGAAACUCGACGACUGGAGCGACGUAACGUGUGACCAGCAACACCGCUACAUCUGUGAACAUUGACAACGUAUAGGGGAGGGACGUAACGUGUGACCAGCAACACCGCUAUAUCUGUGAACAUUGACAACCUAUACAGGGAGGGACGUAACGUGC